AUGAAGCUCGAUGUGACGAUGUUCCGGUACAUCACCAAGGAGGAGUUCAGAGUUCUCACGGCGGUUGAGAUGGGAAUGAGGAACCACGAGCACGUUCCGACUCCAUUGGUUGAGAGCAUUGCGAAGAUCAAUCGGAGCAGCUGCUACAAGAUUCUGCAAAACCUCCUCCGCAACAAGUUAGUGGCUCACGACGGGCAGAGCUAUGAUGGGUGGCGGUUGACCUACCACGGCUACGACUUCCUGGCCUUGAGGGCGCUGGCGGCUCGUGGCACUCUUACUGCAGUCGGUCGAAGGCUGGGCGUCGGGAAGGAGUCCGAUGUUCACUAUGCACAGGGACCCGACGGGGAGCUUGUGGCCUUGAAGCUUCACAGACUUGGUCGAAUCAGUUUCCGAGCCAUCAAGGAGAAACGAGACUACUUGAGGCAUCGAGUCCACGCAUCGUGGAUGUACAUGGCGAAGCUUGCCGCGGCUAAGGAGUUCGCGUACAUGAAAGCUCUCAAGGACGAGGGAUUUCCUGUUCCCACUCCGAUCGAUCAAAACCGCCACGCUGUGGUGAUGUCUUUCGUCGAUGCGAAGCCUCUUUUCCAGCUGCGGCAGCUUCAACAUCCAAACCAGGUGUUGGAGCACCUAAUGAGGCUCGUCGUCAGGUUGCUGAGAGCUGGCAUCGUUCACGGCGAUUUCAAUGAGUUCAACCUCAUGCUGGAUGAGGAUGAGAAAGUCACCUUAAUUGACUUUCCCCAGAUUGUAUACAACAGCCACCCGAAUGCAGAGGAAUUCUUUGACAGAGAUGUCAGAUCUAUCGUGGAGUUCUUCCGGAAGCGGCUCAACAUCGAGGUGCAAGAGUGGCCGACAUUUCAGGAGGCCUUAGAGGAUGACCGAGAAGAGGAAGUUUCUGGGGGCCUGAAGGUCACGGGCUUCAAGGCGGAGGAAGACGCUCUGCUUGUUGCCGCGCACGAGCAAGGCCGAGCUCAUCGCGAAGACGGAGCGGAGGAAAAGUGCUGCUUCCUUUGUCCUGGCCCUCUCCUGGCUUCCGACGGGGGCAUUGAGGACGAGGACGAGGAGGACGCAGAGGAGGUGGAGGCCAUGGCCUUCCAGCCCCCUGCUCGGCCAGCCGUCCAGGAGGGGCUCCAAGAUCUCUUAGCGGCCGGAAGCAGACAGGCUUUGGAAGAGGACUGCAAAAUGGACGAGGCUUGUCCACCCGGAGGGCUCAUAAAUCAAAGCCUAGUUAAGAAGUGCAGGGAGCACGGGCAUAGGAAGCUGCCUGUGCUCCUCCAGAAGCUGAGGCAGUGA